AUGGCAUCUUUACCCUUGGAAGAAAAGGUUAUCGUUGGUCACUGCUUGGGUGGCUUGGCGAUCUCUCAAGCAAUGGAAAGGUUUCCUGAGAAGAUUUCUGUAGCCGUUUUUGUUGCUACCAUAGCUUUGGCACUGGCAACCAUGUUAUUGAGACCAAAUCGUUUAUUUAGUGUUGAUGUCAAGUCAAGGGAACUAGUGUUAACGAGUGAGAAAUAUGGGACGGUUAAUCGGGUUUUCAUGGCUGCGGAAUACGAUUUGAUCUACGAGGAGGGCGUACAGCGGUGGAUGAUCCAACAGAACCAGCCCGAUCAAGUGGAAGAGAUCAAAGGGUCUGAUCACAUGGUCCUGAUGUCUAAGCCAGUAGAGCUUUUCAAUCUUCUGUUAAGCAUUGCUAUGAAAUACAAGCCGGAGGAAGGACAAGAGCAUUUUGCAGCGUGA